AUUAGGACUGCGAGGCCGACAGGUACGGCACGCUCGCUUCGGUUAUACACUUAUACUUGGGGCGAUAGUUUAGUUAGUUCCGGAUUUUCCCCAUUGAAAAGCGUAAAUUGCAAAAGAUUAGCUUAGUUGGCGUUCUGGUGACUUUACACAGAAGCGUGACACCGCUUGCUGUCAGUGCGUGGUAGGAUUCUUUUCUGGAACAUUACUGGGGGCGCGUGCACUAAACCACACGUAAUGACUAUUAUUGUGGUUAGGGCAGCAGCCACCGUCGCGCAGGUGCAGGCAGCUGGCCAUGAGAACCUCGGUUCUUGCGUUGAGCGUGCGUUGUCCACAGCGCAAGGGUGCACGGGUGAAAAUCUGGAGGUGAAGCAAGUCCUGUUUACCGACACCCAGGCUCCAGUGGCCAACUGGCAGCAGCGCCUUGUUGGAAACCAGGACGUCACGGUGGUUGCCGAGACGAGGGGCACGCUUCCGCAGCUGGUCCUAUCUAUGUCUGAAACGCUCCAGUCUGUCCUUACUAGGCUAGCCGACCAUGACGCGCAACUGGCUUCGGGCUGGGCCUUGCGUCUUCGCAACGUUAACGCACAGCUUCUUCUUCACGCUUGCGGCAAGCAGGAGUUCCGGACCACAACCAGCGACUGCUACACUAAGAUGCUGGAGCAGCAAGACCUUGGGCUUGAGCGCCUUGCCCAAAGAAUGGGCAUGGACGCGGCUGCGGUGGCCCAGCAGGCGGAUGACUUGCUCACGCGCCGGAACUGCCUCACCCACCCCGGCAGCCUGGAGGUCCUGGAGCAGGAGGUCAACGAGGUGCUCGGCCACAUCACCCCCGCACUGCGGCAGAUGUGCCCGCAGGAGUGCCAGUUCCUCCAGGCUUACAAUGACAUCAAGUGCUCCUUCCCUGAGCGCUUCCGCUAAGCUUUCUCCGGACGUGGUGCUGCGCCACUAGCGCUGAAAGGCGUGCGGCAAAGGAGGCAGGCAGUGGUUUUAUCUUUUGAGGCGCCGUGUGCCGAGGCGCCCUUCAUGGCUGACGUACGUGCAUCCUACCGACCGUAUGGCUGGGUGCAGCGGCAUCGUAAGGAGUUUCCAAUGCUGGGAAAGCCCCCCCCCCGCAUGCUCUUAACUUUCAAGCCUUGAAGCACUGGGGCGGUCGAGUGCAUUUGGGCGCAUCAAAUGAGUGAAAGGGGUUGUGAGGUUAUGAGGGGGCAACAAGAGAAGUUUAAUGCCACUUGCUGCACUGCGAGAGGUUGUAUGCUUUAGGAAAGGGAAAAAUGAUUAGUAUUUCUUUUGAAACUUACGAUGUAACCUGACGGUUUUCGG